AUGUCAUCCAUAACGGAACUCCGGCCGAUGUCUCCCAAUUCUGCCAUAAGCUCUCCACCGACGCCGGGAAUUGCCUCUGGGACACAAACUCCUGUUGGUCAUCGAAUGGUCGCGGCUAAGAAAGCGGAUGGCUAUAGAUUGUUCUCAGAUUUCAUCUCCUCUGACCCUUUGCGAUCUACAACUAUCUUUCGACGAUUUGAUCGUCUCGCUAUGCGGAAUCUGCUUUAUCUGGAAAGCGAAUUAGCAGCAUUAGAAAGCGAGGUGGAAAGGCUGGACAUGGACCUGAUUCCAGAGACGAUGAUCAACCAUUUAGGAGACUGGACUAUACUCAAGGCCGAAGCAGAGUAUGCGGAAGAGGAUACCAGCGAGAAUGUUUCGGAAGAAGAAGCCAGAAAACAAGAGUUGAUGAUAGCACGGAUGCGGCUGAUCAAAAAGAUUAGAGUCAAGGUGAAAGAGUAUCAUGAAGCGUUAAAAUUGAUGACUGAGAUACUCGCUCUCGAAAGGCCCGAGCACGAUGACAUUGAGACGAACGGCCGAAUCUUCGUUCAGCCAGACGAAGAUGACUAUGACCACGAUCACUGGCAAGACAAGGCCGAAUCACAUGCUAUCAUACAAGGCGCCAUGUCGGUGCAUCUUUGCGAGGAAAAUCGAAAGGACCUGUGCACUCUUGCGCCGCAGGUGGAAAGAGAUCCUUUGACCCGUCUGGUCGAAAGCAAACAUCAACUACGAAGUAUGAUAAAGGAUAGAAAGACCGGCAUGACCAGUGUUUCCAAGUGGAAUCGAUUAAACAAAGUCAUCACUUGGAUCAGUGUCUGUCUUGUGGUGGUCUGGCUUGUCGGUGCCAUAGUCGGUCUCUACUUCUGGCAGUCGAAUAAAGGCCGCUUGAUCUUACUCAGCGUUCUAACGCUAGGCUUUGCGUUCUCCAUCCUCUCGCUGACCACUGCAAGACGACAUGACGUGUUUGCAUCAACGGCAGGUUACGCUGCUGUACUUGUUGUCUUUAUCGGCAGCACGCUCCAAAAAGCUGGAUCUCAAAGCCAGGCAAGUUCGACGUCGAGUAAGAUACGGAUAACCAGAAAUACUCAACCUACUCGAACGUACCUUGCCACUGGCUUGGAGACUGACUACGCUUCGGACAAGAUAUAUGUUAUCACGUUGGUGGCGGGGAUGUUUCUUGUCGCUAUUGUUUUGCUCUGCGCCGUUUUAUCUUUGCAACUUAGGAGAAGGAGGCGGAUCAGGCUAUAG